GUCCAUAGUGGAAAAUGAUUAAAGUUAGGUUUCCAUUGAUUGGAUAAGAACAAAGACUGGUUGUUGGUCGAGUCACAUUUCCUCUCUCUCUCAGCAUUCACAAGCAAUUCAUUUCACUUCUACGUACACAAAAGCUUCUCAGAUUUCAAUAUCCGUUUCUCUGAGUUUCUCUUAAUAGGAGCAUGUUUUGUUUUUCAGUUGUAGUAAUGGGUUCUGAAGGACCAACGGCAGUGACAAUUAACAUCACAGGCUUCAAGAAGUUCCAUGGAGUUGCUGAAAACCCAACUGAGAAAAUAGCUAGCUACCUGAAAGAAUAUUUGGCUAAGAAUCCCCAGUCGAAAGACGUUGUUCUUGGAAGCUGUACCGUGCUUGAAACAGCCGGUCAAGGAGCUCUCGCUUCUCUUUAUCAGUUACUACAGUCCGCAAUCAAUACGAAAGAAUUAGAGUCAGUGAGCUGUGGAAGAACCAUAUGGGUUCAUUUGGGAGUUAACAGUGGCGCUACAAAAUUCGCAAUUGAGCAGCAAGCUGUGAAUGAAGCGACGUUCCGUUGCCCUGAUGAAAUGGGUUGGAAACCUCAGCAUUUGCCUAUUGUUCUCUCUGAUGGUCCAAUCUCAACUGUAAGAAAGACUACUCUCCCUGUUGAAGAGAUAACAAAGGCCUUAGAGAAGAAGGGCUUUGAGGUGAUAACAUCAGAUGAUGCAGGUCGUUUUGUGUGCAACUACGUCUAUUACCACUCACUGAGAUUUGCAGAACAGAACAAGACCUAUUCACUCUUUGUUCACGUUCCUCUUUUCGUUGCUGUGGAUGAGGAGACUCAGAUGAGAUUCACGGCUUCUCUCCUGGAGGUACUCACUUCUGUUUGCAAGUAAUGUUCAUGAAUUGUGCCUAUCAUGAACCGAUUUGUCUUGCCACCAGUUAUCGCCUAUCAAUAAAUGAAUUAUAAGUUCACUUCUCUUCUACGUUUAUGCACCAUCAUCUCACGCUACAUUAGAUUUGCAAAGUAUCUUUUAUUUUCUUAUGUUACAAACUUGAUUGACUUCAAACCAAUACAAAAGUUGCAGACUUUCUUCUA